AAGCAAUGGAGAAGGAAGAUUAAGGAUUCUCUUCCUCCUUUCUUAAUAAACUUGGAACAAUCACAGACUCGUUUUUCUCUCUCUAAGAACCUUUUUCUCUACCUAAAAGAUUUCUCUCUCUUUCCCACCUUUCAAAAUCUGAAGGAUCUAAUGGCUUUGAAUUAGUAGGACGCAGGAUUGGGCGUUUUUGUUGCGGGUUUUCGAUAUUAAGACUUUGAGGCUGAGGUUCUAGAUUUGUGAUGGAAAAUGGGGUUAAGAUUGCUCAUGGCUUGGACGAUGGAGAGAAGAAAUUUGGGGAAGAUGGUGUUUCAUCGUAUUGUGUAGAUGAAACAGUUGUACUUGGUGCUCACGAAUCUAGGGAUUUGGAAGGGGAAGAUGUUUUUGAGGAGGCUUUAGAUGGGAAAGAGCAUUUACUAGAGCAGAGUCCGAGAUAUGGUUCGGUGAAUGGUGAUGUUGGAGAAGAAGAAGUCAAUGAUUUUGUAUCUGCAGUAAUUUUGGACCGCCCUAGUAGUGUGCACGAUGAAGAGAAGUUUGAAGAGGCAAUGGAGGCUUCUAGUGGGGUCGAUGAAAACACGGUGGUGGAUGAGCAAGAUGUGAAUUCUGAAAAGGAGAAGGAAGACUUGGGCGAGAAAUUGUUCGACAAUGUAGUUGUGGCUUCUAAGAUUGAUGAAAGAGGAAUUGAAGAGGAAGCAGUGACCUCUGAGUUGAAUGAGAGGAAGGAUAAUGAGUUGGACUGCGGUAGAGAUGAUUUGAGAAAGGAGACAUUGGAGAACGGUGCUAGCCCGGAGGUUGAAGUGCUGAAGGGUGGGGAUGAGGAUGAUUUGAAAUACGGUUUGUCGAGUAUGAAGUCAGAAAAGGAAAAUAGUGACGUUUUGCAUGUGACUCCACCUUCGGAUGAUGAACGGGUGAAGACUGCCGAUAUGGUUGGUGGGACUAACCUGAAUUCUUCCAGUGAGAUUCUGACUGAAAACAGCGAAGGCAUAGAAUUGGAUGAGAAAAGCUUAGUUACAGAGUCUAGAGAUCAUGUUGAGAACACCGAGAAGCCAUUAGUUGCACCCACUGUCCUUGAUUUGGACAAUCAAGAUUAUGUGAAUUCUGAGCUAAGGGAUGAUUCUCCUCAUGUUGAUCUAGAACUGCCUGACAAUGAGAGUGAAGAAAUAAAAAUGGCUGCAACUGGUAUCGAUCCUAAGAACGAUGAUAAUAAAGAUGAAGGAAGCUCUGAGGAAGUGCAAGAUGCUUCUACUGGGAAAGACACAGAAGUGCAGUUGAGAGAAUCUCGGGGUUUGAAUGGUACUACUUCUGUUGAUCAACAUGAACCUGUGGGUGAAAAUCGAAUUUCUCUGGAGACGGUUAAGGAUAUCUCAGCUUCUGAAAAGAUAGCAGAUGAGAAAAUUGAGAAGACCCAGGGUGGUGAAAGUGAUGUGACUGUGAAGGAAGAUAAUACAUUAAGACAACAGCAUCCUGUCGAUAGUUCCAAUAAUGGCCUCGACACGGGAGGGCUUGAAAAGACAGAGAGUAAAGAUAAGGUUGGACAGGACAGAACCCAAGUGAAAAGGGAUCCAGAGAUUCAACCUUCAUCAAUCAUUGCUUCAUCAUCUGGAAAAUCUACAAAUCCCACUCCUCCUGCCCAUCCAGCUGGUCUUGGGCGGGCUGCUCCAUUGUUGGAACCUGCCCCUCGGGUGGUGCAGCCACCUCGAGUAAACGGUACUGUAUCUCAUGUUCAAUUGCAACAAAUUGAUGAUCAUGUUAAUGGGGAUGCUGAGGAAAAUGACGAUACUCGUGAGCAACUCCAGAUGAUAAGAGUGAAAUUUUUGCGUCUUGCACAUAGGCUUGGGCAAACUCCACACAAUGUUGUUGUGGCACAAGUUCUAUACCGUCUUGGAUUAGCUGAGCAACUUCGAGGAAGAAAUGGAGGUCGGGUUGGUGCCUUCAGCUUUGACCGUGCCAGUGCCAUGGCAGAGCAACUGGAGGCUUCUGGGCAGGAACCGCUUGAUUUCUCUUGUACGAUCAUGGUUCUUGGAAAGACAGGUGUGGGUAAAAGCGCUACCAUCAACUCCAUAUUUGAUGAAGUUAAAUUCAGUACUGAUGCUUUUCAAAUGGGCACAAAAAAGGUUCAAGAUGUUGUGGGAACUGUGCAGGGGAUCAAAGUACGGGUCAUCGACACUCCUGGCCUUCUUACCUCUUGGUCAGACCAGCGCCAGAAUGAGAAGAUCCUUCUCUCUGUUAAAAAUUUUAUAAAGAAGACGCCUCCAGAUAUUGUUUUGUAUCUUGAUAGGCUGGACAUGCAAAGCCGAGAUUUCAGUGACAUGCCUCUCUUGCGUACAAUUACUGAAAUAUUUGGACCAUCUAUAUGGUUCAAUGCAAUUGUAGUUCUUACUCAUGCAGCAUCUGCUCCACCUGAUGGUCCAAAUGGCACUGCUUCUAGUUACGAUAUGUUCGUUACUCAGCGAUCUCAUGUUGUACAGCAAGCCAUACGCCAGGCUGCAGGGGAUAUGCGUCUUAUGAACCCCGUCUCAUUAGUGGAGAAUCACUCUGCUUGUAGAACGAACAGAGCUGGGCAAAGGGUAUUGCCAAAUGGCCAGGUUUGGAAACCUCAUUUGUUAUUGCUCUCUUUUGCCUCGAAGAUUUUGGCCGAAGCUAACACUCUUCUGAAGUUGCAAGAUAGUCCACCUGGGAGGCCAUUUACUCCUCGGUCGAAGUCACCUCCUUUACCGUUCCUUCUUUCUUCCCUUCUUCAAUCCAGACCUCAAGUGAAACUGCCAGAGGAACAAUUUGCUGAUGAUGAUGGUCUUGAGGAUGACCUUGAUGAAUCGUCAGAUUCUGAAAAUGAAUCUGAAUAUGAUGAAUUGCCACCUUUUAAACGAUUGAAAAAAGCACAGGUGGAGAAGCUCUCCAAAGAACAGAAGAAGGCCUACUUUGAUGAGUUGGAAUACAGGGAAAAACUUUUUAUGAAGAAGCAACUAAAAGAAGAGAAAAUGAGGAGGAAGAUGUUGAAGAAAAUGGCUGCCGAGGCAAAAGAUCGACCUAGCAACUCUAGUGAUAAUGUAGAAGAAGAUAGUGGUGCUGCUGCAUCAGUACCAGUUCCCAUGCCUGAUUUGGCGUUACCUGCUUCCUUUGAUUCUGAUAAUCCCACUCACCGGUAUCGUUAUCUCGAUUCCUCUAACCAAUGGCUAAUAAGGCCUGUACUCGAAACACAUGGAUGGGAUCAUGAUGUUGGUUAUGAAGGUAUAAAUGCAGAGAAGUUGUUCGUCGUCAAAGACACAAUACCCAUCUCUUUUAGUGGUCAAGUUACCAAGGAUAAGAAGGAUGCAAAUGUUCAAAUCGAGAUGAGUAGUACGAUAAAGCAUGGCGAAACUAAAGCGUCUUCUGUCGGUUUUGAUAUGCAGACCGUUGGGAAGGAUUUGGCCUAUACAUUACGUGGUGAGACAACAUUUAUUAAUUUUAGGAAGAACAAGGCAAUUGCUGGUCUGUCAUUUGCCCUAUUAGGCGAUGCCUUGUCUGCAGGAUUCAAAGUUGAAGAUAAAUUGAUUGCUAAUAAGCGAUUUCGUUUAGUUGUGACUGGGGGUGCAAUGACUGGUAGGGGAGAUGUAGCUUAUGGUGGCAGCCUGGAGGCUCAAUUGAGAGAUAAAGAUUAUCCGUUGGGUCGUUCCCUUUCGACUCUUGGGCUAUCGAUUAUGGAUUGGCAUGGAGAUCUUGCUAUUGGUUGCAACAUACAAUCUCAAGUUCCCAUUGGACGAUCGACAAACCUGAUUGCUCGUAUGAAUUUGAAUAACAGGGGGGCAGGGCAAGUCAGCGUUCGGUUAAACAGCUCGGAACAGCUUCAGUUAGCUCUUGUUGGUCUCCUUCCUCUAUUCAGAAAGCUUCUGGGUUGUUAUCAACACUGGCAGGAUGAACAAUGAUGGAAUGAAUUUAGGUUACAGAUGCAGCUGAAUUUUUGCAAUAUAGGUAAUAAUGACGUUUUUUAAGUGGCAGUCUCAUACCGUUUAGCUUCAAAAAUGUAAGUGAUUCUAAGCUCUUCUCCUCCCACAAGCUUUCUCCUUCUGUAGUGCUUUUAGGUAUUGUUGUUCGAUAGGAUAUUUGGUAUUUUUGUUCUGCUCAAGUUGUGUUUCUUGUUAAAUUAAGUCAUGCUUUUAUGCAAAAUAUAUAUUUUCUGGAGUUGAGUUUCACUGGCA